AUGUCUACAUUGCAAGAACUUAUUGCUUUUGGAAAGGACUUGCACUAUGAAGGGGAGCAGUUACAGGACUUUGUCCGAGAUCAGCAAGCCCAAGCCAGAGAGGAACGGGAGAAAGAACGUGCUUUUCGGAUGGAAGUAGAGCAGAAGAACGUCAUUCUGGAACAGGCUAAGCUUGAAGCAGAGAGGGAUGCGAGAGCGGAAGUUCAGCAAGAGAAAGAACACCAGAGGAAAUUGGAACUCCUACGAGCAGAAGGUGGCGAGAACACAAGUGUCCAUUCCGACAGGGAAACUGCUGUUCGAAGAGGUCCGAAAUUGCCAGCAUUCGAUGAGACACGAGAUAAUAUGGACGCCUACCUCCAGAGGUUUGAACUCUAUGCUAGGGCGCAGAAGUGGGAACAUAGCCAGUGGGGAGCGAACCUCAGUGCAUUGUUGAAGGGAAAAGCUCUGGAAGUGUUUUCGCGUCUACCGGUUGACAAGGCUUUAGACUAUGAGGAGUUGGGGAAGGCACUUUUGCAAAGGUUCGAAAAGACCGAAGAAGGUUUCAGGAAAUUAUUCCGGACAGCCAGACCUGAAGGAGGAGAGACAUUCUCGCAGUUUGCCUCACGCUUACAGAAUUAUGUUGAACGCUGGGUGGAAUUGAGUAAGACUGGUAAGACAUACGAACAGUUGAGAGAUCUUAUGCUGAGGGACCAAUUCAUCCACUGCUGUGGACAGGAUCUUUCUCUUUUCCUGAAGGAGAGGUCACCAACAUCAAUCAUCGACAUGGCGAGAUUAGCAGACCAGUUCGUGGAAGCAAGAGGAACCAGGGCAAACCAGGUGAUUUCUAAAGGCCAGAAGACGGGUACUAGUAAGCCACAUAGUUCCGGAACAACUGAGGCGCCUGUGUCAAGAGCUCCAACGAAGGAUAAGAAAUGCUACAACUGUGGUAAGCUUGGACAUAUAUCUUAUGAAUGCCGUGCCAAGAAGAAUGCUUCUGGGAGUAAGGUUGCUGCUCUAGUUGACCAGCAGCAUAGGAAAGAGAAGGAUAGCGAUGAGUGUAGGAAUAAAGGAAGAAAGUCAAGAACAGGGUCAUCCAGCCAAGAGAAAGAUUCUGCGACUUUGAGUGUGUCUUGUGAUGUGAGGAGUUCUCAACCUACAGCCAUGCCUGUGAAGAAAGGAUAUAUUGGGGACCACAGCGUGACGGUGCUACGUGACACUGGAUGUAGCGGUGUUGUGGUAAGGAAAUGUCUCGUUGACGAAGGAUGUUUCACAGACAGAGUUCAAGUAUGUACGUUCGCCGAUGGUUCGAAAUUACAGACACCUGUUGUUACAGUGGAGGUGGAUUCCCCGUACUACAAAGGAACAACCGAAGCCUGGGCUCUGGAGACUCCACUGUACGAUCUUAUCAUUGGAAACAUUCCUGGAGCAUUACCUCCCAACCAACCUGACCAGAACCGGAAGAUGAGGGAACCUGACGUUCAAGCGGUGGUGACACGUGCGCAGUCAAAGAAGAAGGAUCAACCAUACAAACCACUGAAGGUGCUGGAUCUUGUUACAGACAUUGGAAGUGUUGUGGAUUUGAAGGAGGAGCAACAGAACGAUCCGUCUUUGAAGAAGUUUAGGAAACUGGCGGCUAAAGGAGAAAUAUACGAGCGAGAUGAUGGAGGAUCUUCCACCAUCUUUUAUCAGAAAGGGAUCAUGUACCGUAAGUUCCAUAGCCCAAGGGUGAGAAAUGGUAUGACCUUUCGUCAGCUGGUUGUUCCGGCAAAGUAUCGCGAUAUAGUGAUGAGAUUGGCACAUGACUCCAUGAUGUCGGGACACUUGGCAGCUAAGAAGACUACCAACAGAGUUCUAUCGGAGUUCUUCUGGCCUGGUAUUCAAGCGGAAGUUAUUCGGUUUUGUAGAUCCUGCGACAUAUGCCAGAGAACAUUUCCGAAGGGGAGGGUGCCGAAGGCUCCACUUGGUGACAUGCCUCUUAUUGACACUCCAUUUAAGAGGAUCGCUGUGGAUCUUAUUGGACCACUGGAACCGGCUACAGACCGAGGGAACCGAUUUAUUUUGACGGUCGUGGAUUAUGCCACUCGAUACCCCGAAGCAGUCGCACUGAAGAGCAUUGAGACGGAGAGAGUAGCUGAGGCGCUCAUCGAUAUGUUCAGCCGAGUAGGGAUUCCUUCAGAGAUGCUCAGUGACCAGGGGGCGCAGUUUACAUCGGAGAUGAUGAGAGAGGUAAGCCGGCUGUUGUCUAUCAGACAACUGACUACUACGCCGUAUCAUCCCAUGUGCAACGGCUUGGUGGAGAGGUUUAAUGGUACCCUGAAGCAAAUGUUGCGCAAGAUUACUGCUGAACGGCCGAAGGAUUGGGAUCGGUUUAUCAACCCUCUGCUAUUCGCCUAUCGAGAGGUUCCUCAAGAAUCACUUGGAUUUUCACCCUUUGAGUUGCUGUACGGGAGAGCAGUAAGAGGGCCUAUGAUGAUUCUGAGAGAACUGAUGACCAAGGAUAUUCCAGAUGAGGAAGUGAAAACUAUCUAUCAGUACGUGAUAGAUUUACGAGAGAGAGUGGAGGAAACGUGUCGACUGGCAUCGGAGCAACUUAAAGAUGCAAAAGUCAAACAGAAGAGGCACUUCAACCGAAGAGCGAGACAAAGAAACCUGAAAGCGGGUAACAAGGUUUUGGUACUCUUACCGACAAAGGCCAACAAGCUUCUAUUGCAGUGGAGAGGACCUUAUGACGUGAUUGAGAAGGUGGGUCCGUCAGACUAUCGUGUUGACCAUGAUGGAAAGAUCAAGGUACUCCACAUCAACCUUCUGAAGAAGUAUGAAGAACAAAGGAUCCGGGAAGACUCAAACGCAGUGACGUCCGAAGGAGUUCUGGCUUGUGUCCUGUCCAUGGUCAUUGAGGAAGAAGAAUGUAAAGAAGAAGGUCUUAGCCACGUGUUAGAGACUCUUCCGUGUGACAGAGGAAAAGGGGGAAUACAGGAUGUAGGCAUAUCUCAGGAAUUACCUGAAGAACAGAAAAGGGAGGUGAAAGAUUUACUGGAGGGAUAUAAGGAUGUGCUUACAGAUCAACCGGGAAGGACAGUCCUUAUCGAACAUGACAUCACGACUACAACUCCUGAGCCGGUGCGUGUUAAGCCUUAUCCAAUACCAUUCAACACCACGGAAGUCAUAACAGCAGAGGUGGACAAGAUGUUGAAAAUGGGAGUCAUCGAGCCUUCUUCAUCGCCUUAUUCAGCACCUGUUGUGAUCGUCAAAAAGAAGGACGGCACCAACCGCUUCUGCAUCGACUUCAGGAAGUUAAACAGAGUGACAGUCUUUGACGCCGAACCGAUGCCGAAUACGGAGGAGAUCUUUGCUAGACUGGCGGGUGCUCGUUACUUUUCGAAACUCGACCUAAGCAAAGGAUACUGGCAGGUGCCGUUGACGGAGAAAGCAAAGCCCAUGACAGCAUUCACAACGCCACAGGGAUUGUUUCAGUUCCGUGUCAUGCCGUUUGGACUAGUGAACGCUCCUGCGACUUUCAGUCGCAUGAUGAGGAAGUUAUUGGCAGGAAUGGCUCAUCUUGAUAAUUUCAUAGAUGAUAUUCUCAUUUACACCUCCACAUGGGAAGAACACUUAGACGUUUUGAAGGAGCUGUUUUCACGGCAUGUGGUCGGAUUAGGACGACUAGAACUGGAGCAGGCGAAAGUGAAAGCAAUUGCGGAAGCGCCUACACCAACCAGCAAGAAGCAGGUGCGAUCGUUCUUGGGAUUGGCUGGAUUUUAUCGAAAGUUUAUUCCUAACUUCGCCGCCAUCAGCGUUCCCUUGACAGACCUGACUAAGAAGGGUAACCCCAACAAAGUCGUGUGGAAGGAAAGUCAUGACAUCGCAUUCAAUACUUUGAAGAAGUUGCUGACAGCAGGACCCGUUCUGAAGCUCGCUGAUAUGGAAGAAGACUUCAUCCUUCGAACGGAUGCUUCCGACACUGGUUUAGGUGCUGUUCUCCUGCAAGAGGACGGAGAUCAGAAGUUGCCAGUUGCCUAUGCGAGCAGGAAACUCCUACCUAGAGAACGGAAUUAUGCCAUAGUGGAAAGGGAAUGUUUGGCAAUAGUCUGGGGGAUCCAAAAAUUUGAGCCAUACUUGUAUGGAAGAGAGUUUGUACUGGAAACCGACCAUCAGCCACUCACUUAUGUCAACAGAUCCAGGACAGCAAACGCCAGAUUAAUGCGUUGGGCGCUGUUACUUCAGCCCUACAGAUUCCGUAUCCGAGCGAUAAAGGGUGUGAACAAUGUUGGUGCUGAUUACCUCAGCCGAUUUUGA